AGACGAAGGCUCUCCCAUCGCGUGAUAUCCUGACGCGCAUCACAGACACGCACCAUCUACAGCCCAUCAUGAUCCGUCCCAGGUUACGAACACUGGGCUUCGCCGCUCCCACUGCGGCCAGCAAGUCGAUUGUCUCCAGCGUCUGCUCGAGGAGGAGUUUCCACAGCGUGCCUAAGCUCAGGCACGACUACGCCGAGACGGGUGUGCCGAACCUGAUGAGCCCGGCUGGGUUCUCGAUCGCAUGGACGGACUAUAUGACCCUGGUGACAGAGAAGCUCAACGAGCUGACAGCAGGCACCGAGCUGGAAGGCAAGGACGCCAAGAGCGUCUCCCUCAUGACCGCCCGCGAACCUGGCAAAGCCCGCGAAUUCAACUGGGCCUCCAUGGCGCACAACAACCACUUCUUCUUUGACGGCAUCACACCCAACCCGACGCCCAUCUCGGAACCCAUGAAGAAGGAGCUCGAGGCCUGCUUCUCCUCCAUGGAGACCCUGCGUCGCGAGUUCGUUCUGACCGCAAACUCCAUGUUCGGACCCGGAUUUGUCUGGCUCGUCCAGGCCGGCGCGGGCACGUACCGCCUGCUGCCGACAUAUCUCGCCGGCUCGCCGUACCCCGGCGCCCACUGGCGUGCGCAGUCGCAGGACAUGAACACGCUCGGAAACAGGGGCACGGCGACGUCGUAUCUGCGCAACACAGCCUUUGGCGGACGGGCCCAGAGUGCGAAGAAGGACGAUCUGCCACCGGGCGGCAUCGACGUCACCCCCCUCCUGUGCUUGAACACGUGGGAGCACGCCUGGCUGCUCGACUGGGGCGUUGGAAAGGGCGGCGCGGGCGGCAAGUUGGCGUACGCCGAGUCGUGGUGGGAGAUGAUUGACUGGCAACACGUGGAGAAGAAGGCGCAGCUUACCAGGCCAGCUUUCAGGUAAAAGGAGGCAUACUUGGGCAAUGGCAUUGUGUACAGGUGGACCGUGGAGGCUACGAAACUUGUACGAUAGUGUUGUUUACAUAUCACUCGACGAAUUGUAUCAUAUGUGAUGGACACAACCUCGACGCUGUGCGUUUUCGUCCUCCCACCAGCUCCAAGUGCUACUAAUGAUGAUCAAGCCUGACAACAAAGGGAGACAGACAAUUGGCAGCUUCACGUCAUCAAUUCAUUGAUUUAAGUCACGGAUCAUAGCAAGGCAAAGUGUUCAGAGAAAAUA